CAGAAAUCUAACGGACAAUCCACUGAAGUUUCGAGAAAGGGAGAUAAAAAGCAAGGAGAAUGCCUUCAUCCGUACAACUUCACAGAACCUCCGCCACGACCACCACCAUAUUUAGUGGCCAAAAACAGUGUUCGGGGUCGAACAUGACGCGAUGCGCCCUUUUAUCAUGCGGCGGAGUCUCCGUGCCUGACACCGUGGCGCGGUACCAUAACCACGUGGUGGGUCCGGACCAGUGCAGCUCAUAUGCGGUCCAAACUAUAGAAGCUCCCGUGGACACGGUUUGGUCCGUGGUGCGCCAGUUCGAUAACCCUCAGGCGUACAAGCACUUCCUGAAGAGCUGCCACGUGAUCGUGGGAGAUGGGAAGGUGGGCACGCUCCGCGAGGUGCACGUGGUGUCGGGCCUCCCCGCCGCGACCAGCACCGAACGGCUUGAUAUCUUGGACGACGAGCGUCACGUGUUCAGCUUCAGUAUCGUUGGUGGGGUUCAUCGGCUGACGAAUUACCGGUCUGUCACUACCCUCCAUGCGUCACCGAGCGGAACCGGUACGGUUGUGCUGGAAUCAUACGUCGUUGAUGUACCGCCCGGUAAUACUAGGGAGGAUACAUGUAUUUUUGUGGAUACAAUCAUACGUUGUAACAUGCAAUCUUUGGCACAGAUCGCAGAAAACAUGGCCAGAACUCGAGAGAGAUCUUCAUCAUGAAUAUUUAACAAAUUGAUUAAUUAAAGGUCUGAUUUAGAUUUUUCCUUUGUUUUUUUGUUUCGUUUCGUUUCUGAUCGAUGUGGGAUUAGUGAUACCAAUGAUUGUCAAUAACCUGAUCAGAAAUUCAUAGUGUUAAUUAGGGGAAGCUCUUGAAGGUGAAUGUGAUCGUGUAUACAGUUUUGCUUUACCAUUUUCUUUCAUCAAAGUGAAUUUGAUGUUUAAUGUGUAUCUAAUUAUUAGUAUAUAUGUGUGUUUUGUUUAUGAGAGAGUAAAGGGGAGACAUUAAU